AUCACAAACAUACUGGCACAGACAGGUACUGGUUUAUCCUUCACUAUGGCCACAGACCACCAGAACCCUGCAUCCAAGCAGCAGCAGCCAGGCACCAGUGCAUUUAAACUGGUUAUCUAUGAGCAGGAGAACUUCCAGGGACGCUGCCAUGAGCUGACUGGUCCCUGCAACAACCUCCAGGAGGCAGGCGUGGAGAAAGUGGGCUCUAUACUGGUGCUGUGUGGACCGUGGGUGGGGUAUGAGCAGGCGAGCUGUAAGGGAGAGCAGUAUGUGUUUGAGAAGGGCGAGUAUCCUCGGUGGGAUUCCUGGACCAACAGCCGGCGCAGUGACACCCUCACCGCAUUUCGCCCGAUUAAAGUUGACAGCCAGGAGCACAAGAUUGUGCUUUAUGAAAACCCCAGUUUUGCAGGAAAGAAGAUAGAAAUCAUCGACGAUGAUGUGCCCAGCUUCCACGCUCACGGUUAUCAGGAGAAGGUGUCGUCUGUGCGGGUGCAGAGCGGAACCUGGGUGGGUUAUCAGUACCCAGGCUACAGAGGAUACCAGUACCUGUUUGAGAAGGGCGAGUACAAGGACAACACUGAGUUUGGAGCCCAGAUCCCUCAAAUCCAGUCAGUCCGCCGCAUCCGGGACAUGCAGUGGCACCAGAGGGGUGCAUUUAAUUAAACGCUUGUUCUCAACUCAACCCUGACCUCUGCAGACCUGCAAUCUUUACAGCCUGCCCCAUCCUCACUGAACUGCAUUUUGAUAGCCUACCUGUUGCAGUUGUUACAGUAGUGACACCCUUACUAACUAAUAAAUCCUUGUUGAUUACA